AUGGGACACGCGCACAGUAAAAAGUUGCCGAAGGAAGAUUUGGAUUUCUUGAUCCAGAACACAAAUUUCAGUGAGAAGCAGAUUAAAGCCUGGUACAAGGGCUUCAUGAGGGACUGCCCGACGGGCCAGCUGACACGUGACAAAUUUCUCGAAGUCUAUUCGUCCUUUUUCCCGAACGGAAACGCCGAAAAAUUUUGCUACCACGUCUUCCGGACUUUCGACGGUGAUAACAGCGGGAAAAUUGAUUUCCGGGAAUUCCUACUGGCUAUAAAUAUCACUUCCGCCGGAAAUCCCGAACAGAAACUGGAAUGGGCUUUCCAGAUGUAUGACGUCAAUGGGGAUGGGUUUAUCGAACCGACGGAGAUGAUUGAAAUUAUAUCCGCGAUCUACAGCAUGGUAGGCCCCAACAUAACCGGAAACGAUUACACGAUCUCACCGGAGCAAAGAACGGAAGAAAUUUUUGCCAAGAUGGACCUGAACCAGGACGGCUUGCUAUCGAACGAGGAGUUUAUUAAAGGAUGUUUAUCUGAUCAGUUUUUAUUUCAAAUGCUUACGGCUGACAACGACCCGAUAUGA